CACAACUUGGUUCAUGCAAAAGGCCACAAAGCUCCAACAAAUCAAAAGUCUAAUUGCUCUUUCUUUCAGUCAUUUUGUCAAGCACGUAGCUAAAUCGUUAAAACUCAUUCAUUCUUUCGCUAAAACAAGGAAGAGAAACAGAGAGAGAGAGAUGAAGGAAGCGAAGGUGGUGGGGUUGGUGCUUCUACAAGUGCUGGUUCUGGUGAUGGGUUUAUGCGAGUCAUCAAUAUCAUCACCUCCUUAUGUUGAUCAGAUGCACAACAGGAGGAAGUCUAUGCUAUCCGAACCGACGUCGUCACUGGCGCUCCACCGAGUUGGGUCCUCCAUUGUGCUCCCAGUCCACGGGAACGUGUAUCCUAUUGGGUACUACAAUGUCACCCUCAACAUAGGGCAGCCACCAAAGCCCUACUAUCUAGAUCCUGACACCGGUAGUGACCUUACAUGGCUCCAGUGUGACGCCCCCUGUGUCAGCUGCACUGAGGCACCUCAUCCAUAUUACAGGCUCAACAACAACCUGGUACCCUGUAGGGACCCUCUCUGUAAAGCCUUGUACCCACCCGGUGAACACAGGUGUGAAAUCCCAGAGCAAUGUGACUAUGAGGUUCAGUAUGCAGAUGGUGGUUCAUCCAUUGGUGUCCUUGUCAAGGAUGUCUUUUCCAUCAGCCUUUCUAAUGGGAUGCAACGUAACCCUCUUCUACCCCUUGGGUGUGGAUAUGAUCAGAUUCCUAAUCCAGCAUCUCAUCCCUUCGAUGGAGUACUUGGGCUUGGGAAGGGAGAGUCCAGCAUUGUAUCACAGCUUAGUAGGCAGGGUUUGUUGAGAAAUGUGAUUGGCCAUUGUCUAAGUGGGCGAGGUGGAGGAUAUCUCUUCUUAGGGGACGGCCCUUAUGAUUCUUCACGUCUCCUUUGGACAUCCAUGUCUCCUCAUCAUCCCGAACAUUACUCACCCGGCUCUGCGGAGCUCAUAUUCGGAGGGAAGACCACGGGAAUUAAAAACUUGGUCCUAGCUUUUGACACUGGGAGCUCCUACACCUACCUAAAUUCUCAAGCAUACGAAGCUCUUACUACUUUGGUGAAGAGAGAAUUAAGUGGAAGGUCCUUAACAGAAGCAUUGGAUGACAGGACUCUGUCAAUCUGUUGGAGAGGUAGAAAACCAUUCAAAAGCCUGAAAGACGUAAAGAAAUACUUCAAGCCCUUAGCAUUGAGCUUCAUCAAUGGUGGGAGAGCCAAAAUUCAGUAUGAUCUCCCCCCAGAAGCUUAUUUAAUAAUCUCGUCCAAGGGAAAUGUUUGCUUGGGAAUUCUAAAUGGAACAGAAGCAGGGCAGGGUAGUUUGAACAUCAUCGGAGACAUAUCAAUGCAAGACAAGAUGGUGAUCUUCGAUAACGAGAAGCAGUUGAUUGGAUGGAUGCCUGCAAACUGCGAUCGGGUUCCAAAGUCUAAAACUGAUAGCAUUUGAUGAUCUUGACUGGGCCUGUGAAUUGAUCAGCUAGCUUGGGAAUCAUCAAAGAGAUAGCUCCUUAGCUAUGAUAUAUAUAUAUAGAUAUAUAAAGGAGAAUAGUAGUUGUAUCCUCGAUAGUCAAUAUAUUUAUACAAGUUAAUAUGCCUACACAAAAAAUGCCUUGUAGGCUUCUGCUCCUAAUAUUUAUUCCUUGUGUAUAUUGUA